AUGGAUGUAGAAACGGAGCGUUUCGUUAAAAGCUGUAAGGAGUGUACCUUGGUUUCGUCUUUCGUGGCCCCUGAACCGUUGGUGAGGACACAGAUACCGAAUAGACCUUGGGUUGACAUUGCGGUGGACUUUAUGGGUCCGCUGCCAUCUGGCCAUAAUCUUUUGGUUAUUAUCGAUUACUUCAGCAGAUUCGUCGAGGUUGUCAUAAUGAAGGAGAUAUCAGCCAGGAAUACGAUUCAAGCUCUGCACGAAACAUUCUGCAGAUACGGCAUUCCGCAAUCUAUUAAGACAGAUAAUGGCCCACAAUUUAUAAGUGAGUCACUCCAAAGCUUCUGUACUGAAUUCGGGAUCGAGUUACGUAAAACUACUCCAUAUUGGCCUCAGGCCAACGGAGAGGUCGAGCGAGCAAAUAGAUCUCUGAAGAAAAGACUACAGAUUAGCCAAGAAUCAACUACAGUUGAUUGGAAGUGGGAUCUACGCAUGUAUCUGCUUAUGUACAAUUCUACUCCACACUCUACCACGGGAGUAGCACCUUCAGCACUGAUGUUCGGUAGAGUGCUUCGGGAUAAACUCCCAGCGUUCCCAGUAGAAGUAGCAAGAAAGUCUAUCGAAGAAAUACAGGAUACAGACCGAGAGAAGAAGCAGAAAGGUGCGGAGUAUGCCGACAGAAUACGUAAUGCCACACCUAAUUUACUGAAGGAAGGAGAUACUGUUGUUGCGAAAAGGAUGACGAGGGACAACAAGCUGUCAACGAAUUUCAGUCCGGAAGAAAUGGUCAUACUCAAACGCAAUGGAGCAGAUGCAACUAUCCAAUCAAAGGAAACCGGCAAAAUAUUCCAUCGGAAUGUUUCGCAUCUAAAGCCACUGAUACCAAGAAAGGAAGUCAUCGUGGAUCACAUGGUCGGUGAAGGAAGUGAUACAUUGAGUCCCUGUUCCGAACUAGCAAAGCAGCUCAACAAACCCACCGACAAUGCAAAUGCAGAUUUUGGACCCUCAUCGCGUUCUAGACGUGCGCAGAAGAAACCUAUGUAUCUCAAUGAUUACCAACUGGGUAUAGUUCAGGACUACUGA